UGCACUUCCGGUUCCGAAGCAUGUGGAGUUGACAUCCCGCUCUUACACAGGUGUCGAUAGGGGAUUGUCACAUUUUGAGUUCGUCUAUUUCACAGAGAUUUACACCACUCAAACACAAUGCCAUCUGAUGCCAAGAAAAAGCGUGAAGCUAAGAAAAAAGAAGCUCAGCGUAGCCGUGGGAAGAAACCACUGGAGAACGGAGAAGAAAAUGACGUAAAAAAUGGAUCUACUGCCAAUGGUGCAUCUAACGGCGUGGGUGAAGUGAUUGAUGCUCUAGAUGGCCUUGAUCUUGCCUCCAAGUACCGCUCCUGCACAGGUGUGUUGGCCUCGCAUCCUGACAGUCGAGACGUCCACAUCCACAACCUGUCCAUCACCUUCCAUGGUGUGGAGCUGCUGCAGGACACCAAGUUCGAGCUCAACGUGGGACGAAGAUAUGGUCUCAUUGGCCUCAAUGGAUGUGGCAAGUCAACGCUGCUCGCAGCUUUAGAUCUCCGAGAGGUUCCUGUCCCCCCACAUGUGGACAUCUUCCUGUUGCGUCGAGAGAUGCCCCCCAGCGACAAAACAGCUCUGGAGAGUGUCAUUGAAGUUGACGAGGAGAGACUCAGGCUUGAGAAGGAAGCAGAAAUACUUGGAUCGAAAGACGACCCAGAAUCCCAUGAGCGUCUGCUGGAUGUGUACGAGCGUCUGGACGAGAUGGAUGCUGACAACGCCGAGACAAAGGCUGGCUACAUCCUCAGUGGUCUUGGUUUCACCAAAGAUAUGCAACACACAAAGGUGAAGGAUUUCUCCGGAGGUUGGCGUAUGCGUAUUGCUCUGGCUCGUGCGCUGUACAUCAAACCUGCCCUGCUUCUAUUGGACGAGCCCACCAACCAUCUGGAUCUAAAUGCCUGUGUGUGGCUGGAACAAGAACUUGCCAACUACAAACGUAUCUUGAUGAUCAUCUCCCACUCUCAGGACUUCCUCAACGGCGUCUGCACCAACAUUGUGCACAUGCAGCUCAACAAACUCAAGUACUAUGGUGGUAACUACGAUACCUACAUGCAGACCCGUAUGGAGCUGGAAGAAAACCAGAUGAAGCGGUACAAGUGGGAACAGGAUCAGAUCUCCCACAUGAAGAACUACAUUGCUCGGUUUGGUCACGGCAGUGCCAAGUUGGCCCGUCAGGCUCAGAGUAAAGAAAAGACGCUGAAAAAAAUGGUGGAUGGAGGACUCACAGAGCGAGUCACCUCUGACAAGACACUGUCGUUCUACUUCCCAAGCUGUGGGAAACUGCCACCACCUGUCAUUAUGGUCCAGCACGUCAGCUUCAGAUAUAAUGACAAGAAGCCCCACAUCUACAAGGAUCUGGACUUUGGCGUGGACUUGGAUACCAGAGUGGCUUUGGUUGGACCUAACGGAGCAGGAAAGACAACUCUCCUCAAGCUGAUUACAGGAGAUCUUGUCCCAACAGAGGGUUUGAUACGUCGGCAUUCUCACUUGAAGAUUGGCAGAUACCACCAGCACCUCCAUGACCAGCUGGACGUGGAGAUGUCUGCCCUGGACUACAUGAUGAAGUGCUACCCUGAUAUCAAGGAAAGGGAGGAGAUGAGGAAGAUCAUCGGCCGCUUCGGUCUCACGGGACUACAACAGGUGUGUCCCAUCAAGAACCUGUCUGACGGUCAGAGAUGCCGCGUCACCUUCGCCUGGUUAGCCUGGCAGUGUCCCCAUCUGCUAUUACUGGAUGAGCCUACCAACCACUUGGACCUUGAAACCAUCGACGCCCUGGCUGAUGCCAUUAAUGAGUUCGAUGGUGGAAUGAUCCUUGUCAGUCACGACUUCAGGCUUAUAUCACAGGUGACGGAGGAGAUAUGGAUCUGUGAGCAUCAGAAGGUCACCAAGUGGGACUCUGACAUCUUCUCUUAUAAAGAACACCUGGCCAAGAAGGUCCACAAGGAUAUGGCAAAAGCAGCCAAAAACUUGAAUGUACGAAAAUGAUGACGGCUUCUCUUUAGGCAAUUUGUGUGAAUGUUCUUUGAUAAUUCUGGUUACAAAACUCCAGACUUAUUGGCAUAUUCCAGCUUUUGACAAAAACAUUGAGGUGAAACUUUCAAGCCUUGCAGGAAUUUAGGUCCAUUGUGACGCAUAUCUUGCAAUGGAAUUCUUGUCCAGAGCAAUCUUUACCUCAUCCCUGGACACUGUAAUAUUACACUGAAUCUGAACCUAAGGAACGCUAUUUGAAGACAGUAGGAAGGUUGGGAACUUGACUGCAGCUCCCAUGGUGUGGAAGUGAUCAAUGGUUAAACGGGAAACACUAGUCACACUGAAUGAAGGAUGCUCCUACAGUGACUGUAAGGCGAUGUGAGACUUGCACGCACAGCAAUGAUGUACUGUGUUUGUCAACAGUGUACUUACUAGAACUGUUUUCAUUGCAACUUUUCAUAUUUACGAGUUCAGUUGGGAAGGUUUUUGUACAUAGCCAGAAGGGAGGUGCCUUCCAUGGCGUUCCACAUCAUACAUGAUGCUUCUAUUUAUUAACUUAUGAACUACGCCAUCAUUGUUGUCAACUCCUCCACAUGGGAUGUAAAGACACUGACGUCUAACCGCUGCGGUCGUACAUGGUGCGGACAAUGGUGUGGAUGUGUUCUGGAUGUUGCUGCUUCAACCUCAUCCUGCUUUUUACUUGGAUCAUGGUGGAACGGAAACACAAGCCUGCGUACAGUCGUUACUUUUCUAAUGUAUCAGGGUCUUUUAGCAUCUGUGCAUGUUUUUCCAAUGUUUGUACUGCGUCUUCUCAAUGCCAGAGAGAUAACUGACAAAAUCAUUUCCAAUUUGAAACCUGACUUUUAUGGUCUGUUAUCUCCCUUGCCUUUGGAAGCCAGUACGACAUAUGCUAAAUUUGACAUAUUUAUCAUGCAAGGAGAUGAUUAAAUGUACUUUAAGCAGCAUAGAUAUGUUACUGUACAUUUGGGACAUGAGGGUGCUGCCAUCUAAAUAAGAUCUUGCUGUUACCGUGCGAUUUUGUUAAAUAGACACCUUUAUAUCCUGAUGUCUUUCAGCCUGUUACUCUCAAUCAUAGCAUUUGUAUAGCUUUUAUCCCAGAAGCAAAUUUCAGAACAACGUUAUGUGAUGCUUCUCUUUGUUAGUGAGCAUGGUGAAUUGACAAAGUAGUAAAAUUAACUGAAAAGGCUGUGAUUCUUUUGUUGGCAUCAGGUGUUAAUAUUAUCGUACGACCAUGAGUGUAGCAGGGUCAUAGAUGGCGAUGUUGCAUUUUUAAGCAGAUGCUUUGUCCAAAGGAGCAUUAUUAAUGUCUGCCUUUCCUGCCCAACUCAUAUCGUUUCUGACCUUGCAUCCCUUGUCACUUACCUGGACUGCCAUGAGAGAACAAAGACUCAAGUGUAAUAUAUUGUUUCAGCUCUUGCAAGUUCCUCUCUCAACCCAUCGCCAGCAACAUGCCAUGUAGAUUGUACGCACAUUUGUGGACGGAAUCUAUCGUCAAUGCUUUUAAGUUAACUUAUGUUGUGGUGUACAGAGACUUGACCUUGUGAGACCUUGUCACUUUAUCUUAUGGUUUUAUUUCAUUAUUGCCUUUCUCCACAUACAUAUCAUUUGGGUGCCAAUAAGGGUUGGAUGGGAAAAUGAGUUUAAAGAAAAUGCAUAUUUUUAUUUUGUAAAUUUAAAAUCAACUUCUUAGUAGGUUUUCGGUCAAAUCAUAUUUUGAAUUUUUAAGGCAGUUUUGGAUUGAAAUUGUCCCAUUGUUUAAUUCAUAUUUGAAAUUAUAACAUUGUUUAAUAUUCUUAAAAGAUGGCUUGUACAUCAAUCACCUGAUAAAUGUAACAUUCAUAUAAGUUUCAAGUCUUUUCUGGAGUAUCAUCCCUUCUCCACUUUGCAUAAUUUUGGCUGGGGUCUAUUACUAAAUUUUUGUUGUAAGUAAGGGUAUUUGUUCUAUGACUAUUGAAUGUUGGAGUUCGUCAAUACUCUCUUUAGGGCAGUUCAGUGCGUGUUCUGGAACACAAAUGUGAUAUUUUAGGCCUAUAUACAAUUUACAUGUUUCUUCAUUUUAUUCCAAUUCCUUUAACUCUAAUAUUAAGAAAUAUGUACUAAUUCCUGUUUAAAGUCAAAUCUAUCAAAUGUAAGAUUAAAUUAAAUUUGGUUAUAAAGUU